GGGAGAGAUCAGAAUCAUGGCGGAGGCGAGGGGAUCAGGAGAGAAGAAGGAGGUGCCGAAAAUAGUGUGGAACGAGAAUCGGCGGAGGUUCGAGACGGAGGAUGAAGAGGCCUACAUAGAGUACGUUGUUAGAGGCAAAGUGAUGGAUCUGAUCCACACCUUCGUUCCUUCCUCUAAACGAGGUUUAGGUUUGGCUUCUCUCCUCUGCGUCGCCGCCUUCGAACACGCCUCCUCUCACGCCUUCACCAUCGUCCCCUCCUGCUCUUACGUCUCUGACACAUUUCUUCCACGGAACCCGACAUGGAAGCAUCUGGUGAGCUCCGAGGAUGUCAAAUCCAGCAUGUGAAAAUCAAAACCCGAUCUUUCCUUGUGUUAGAAGGGCCCCGUGUUACAAAACACAUCUUUCCUUGUAUUACAAGACAUAAUCAAAUAACAUAUGCCCGCCCCUAAGUUUU